ACAUCGUUUUAACGCAUUCCAGUAACGACGUGCACUUCAUUUCAUAAGCACGUUAUUCGUCUGUUAGUGUUAAGGCAAUUGUUUGGUUGCGUUCCUCACGUGAUUGAUUAUUAUCAAGGAUUGAAUCGAUAUGGAUAACCAAUGCUGGAAACUGACCAAGAUCCCACCAGAAAUCAUGUUAUCGGACCUCACUGAAAUGCCAUUUAUAAAACUCGGAGAUUUUAAACUCGAGUUCGAGUUAGAUUCUCCUAAUCCAGAAAUGCAAGAAGUAGCCAGGAAGGAAUUGAGAGAGUCUCCUGAGAUGCAAAAACAAUCGAUAGCACGCCUGCAAGAAUUAUUAAAAGCUGAAAAAGAUCUGAAAUGCCCGUUGAAUAAUGAAGCCUGGAUGAUUAGGUUUCUGAGGCCGUGCAAGUAUUAUCCCGAAUCGUCUCUCGAGCUCAUCAAACACUAUUAUAACUUCAAAGUGAAACAUGCAAAUGUGUACGACAACUUAAAGCCGAGUAGAGAGAAAAAUGUCUUCGAGCAAAAUAUCCUAACCGUGCUACCUAAUCGCGAUCAGCACGGCCGACGUAUACUGAUAAUUGAACUCGGCAAGAAAUGGAAGCAUAACAAGUGCAGCCUCGACGAAGUCUAUAAAGGAUGUGUAUUGUAUUUGGAAGCGGCCAUGCUGGAGCCGAGCACACAGAUUGCUGGCGCAAUUGUCGUCUUUGACAUGGAUGGUCUCACACUCCAACAAACCUGGCAGUUUACUCCGCCGUUUGCUAAGAGGAUAGUCGAUUUGCUUCAGGAGGCAAUGCCUGUGAGGGUAAAAAACAUACACAUUGUGAACCAACCGUAUAUAUUCAACAUGGUGUUCGCUCUAUUCAAACCGUUCCUGAAAGAGAAGUUGAAAAGCAGAAUAAUCUUUCACGGUACCGACCGCAAAUCAUUGCAUCAAUACAUUUCGCCGAAAUGUCUACCAGCGCAAUACGGUGGCACGCUGGAAAUAAGAACGAUAAAGGGACCCGAAUGGUACUCCUUGCUAAUACAGGUCGACAAGGAAUAUGAAGCUAUCAGUUCGUAUGGCUAUAAAAAGACAUAAUUUCUCAAUUGCUAAUUUUGUAACAUUAAAAAAUAGAUAUUUGGGUUAAAUACGAAGAAACAAUUAUAAAGCGCGACAUUUCCGAGGAAAAAUAUUGGAUUUAAUAUCAAUUACGACAAUCAUAGAUCGUUCUUAUAUGUAUGAGUAUAUUCACUCCUCGAAAUAUUGUUUUCACGAAGUCUUGCUCACUUUGUAAAUUUAUUUAUAACAUAUAUAUUAUAGUACAGCCUUUUAAUUUUCACACGGAAUGC